AUGUAUGUUAGUGGAAAGGCUGCUGCUCAUCUUGUAAUUAUUGCGUUCAACAAACUGGUGGUAGCCAUAACGCUUUGCCAUGCCUGCAUACAGCCUGUCCUUUCAUCCACUUUGGCCGCUCCACCUCUCAAUCGCUAUCUAUCCACCAAUUUGUCGCCCAGACCAUCCAGUUAUCGUUGCUCCUGUCAACCAUUCUACUCACCCCACUGCUAUCUCUCUGGGCAAAGUAGCCUGUCUGGAAGAGGGGAGUUCAAUAAACCGAACGCCACCGCUACCAUUCACAAGUCUCUCCUGCUGCCUCCAACGUCUGAGCGUCCGGGGGUUCAUCUUUUUGGGUUCAUCUCCGGUUAUGCGAUACAAUGCACCGCUGCUGAAACGGAUAUCAUUGCACUUCUUUUGGAUUAUACACAUCGCAUCAUCCUCCUUCCCGACAGCGUCCAGGCGACUAGGUUUGUAGCCCCGCCAGCAUGA